UCGAAAGAGAUCAUUUUAUUCCGGAGUUACAGUGUUCUGCCUUGAGAAUUUUUUUUUUGUCUGCAUGAAACAUUUAGGCGCUGAAUGGGAUGUCAAUUGUCUCUUCAGCAAGGUCUGUAUUUGGCUGCGAACGAGCUAGGUUUUGACGAAGCUGAUUUGCAAGAAUGGCGUAUGAAAGAUCACCACAUUGAGUGCUUAGCCUUAGUUGAAGGGAAAUGGUUGCAAGAACUUUGUGAUGGUGUGUAUACUAAGCCAAACAGUUAUUCUGGAACUUCAUAUGAAAGAUUUCUGUUACUUCAGAGAUCAAAUAAUGAAGUACCUAAGCCAUGGAAACGGGUAGUUCUGAAAAUCUACAAUAAACCAUUGCAGUCUUUCAGGAUUCCAAAAGUCCCAUGUGACCACAACUUUCCAUGCAGCGACACCUUUGCUGAUUUGAUGUCAUAUGUGUCAACGGAAAACUUCAAGAAUUAUUUGCUGCAAUCUUCAAAAAAAUACAGCAGUACACCACAGAAUGGCGAUGGAGAAAUUGAAGAGAUUUCCGGAGAGGACAUUCUACGGCGCUUUGCCAAACAUUUGUUCAAUUUGGAAAUCAUCAAGCUCGGCAAAGUGUCUCGUGACGAAUCCUCAGAUCUCAAAGUUAACAUCUCCAACUCAGUGGAAAAGUUGCCUCCCAAAGAAUCGUUUGAGUUGUCAACUGAAAAAAACUUCUCUGGUCUCUUGUCGAUUUACGGAAUACUGGAGAGCAAAAGCGCGUAUUUCGUUUUUGAGCCGUUUGCCCCUCAUUCGUUGCAAGACGUUGUUUGGUUCAGUCCUAGUGUUAUAUCGUCCACGAUCACGAAGCCUUUAUUCCUGUUGUAUCAAAUCCUUAAAAUGUUUGAGACGUUUCACGCUUUUGGUUAUUAUUGUACGGUAAACAGCCUUCAAAAUAUCAUGCUUGGGAAUUGCCUUUGGCUUCAUUUAAGUGCGAGCAGUGCCAACGUCGGUGAUUUGACGCCUGAGACCAAGAAACCCACGAAAAGCGCGGAACAAGGUUCUCCGGUAAAACCCGAGUCGGACUCAAAAGAGAUCGGCGCUUGCGAGGUGUCGUCUCCAUUUCAAAAUUGCGGUCUACCAGAGUUAAUUGAUAUGUGGGUUAAGAAGGAAAUAAGCAAUUUUGAUUAUUUGAUGGCUUUGAACAAGCUAGCCGGACGCCGACUUGGUGACCCCAACUAUCACCCUGUGCUCCCUUGGGUCACAGACUUCACGUCGCCCAGUGGCAAAUACCGUGAUCUGACAAAAUCGAAAUUUCGCAUCAACAAAGGCGACUUCCAAUUGGACAUCACGUUCAAAAACGUCGCAGAUUCCGAUGAGGACGUUACCGAGAAUCCGCCGCAUCACGUCUCCGGAGUCCUUUCCGAGAUCACGUAUCACGUGUAUCUUUCACGUAGGACCCCGAAAAGCGUGCUCCAAAAACACGUUCGCGCGAAAUGGGAGCCAAACGAGUAUCCCGCGAACAUGCAACGCCUGCAAGAAUGGACUCCAGACGAGUGCAUACCCGAGUUUUACAGCGACCCUACAAUUUUCAAAUCAAUCCACCCCGAUCUGCAGGACCUUGGUAUACCGCCCUGGGCUAAAAGCCCGGAGGACUUUGUACGGUUACAUCGCAAAGCGCUCGAAAGCGAGUACGUUUGUGCUCACUUGCAUGACUGGAUCGAUUUGACGUUUGGGUAUAAGUUGGUCGGGCUUCCUGCGGAAAAGGCGAAAAAUGUGUAUCUUCAUUUAGUUGAUCAGCAUCAGACGAUUACCAGUCAUGGUGUGGUGCAGUUGUUCGAGCAACCGCACCCAAAACAACAUCGACAUCACGACAUGGUUUUGUAUCCAUCCAUGGUCAAUCUGGAAGAUGGCCUUGAACAUGAGAUGAGGGAUGUCUCCAACGAAGGUCAGCUUGGUUUCGUUGAAGAGGGCCAGGCAGAGUACACGUGCGAUGAGGUCUCACCAAGUUCAUGGGAUGAGCUUGAUUAUGACAUGAAAGUUGAAACGGGCGAAGACGAACUGAAUGCUUCUACGAGUUUCAAGAAAUUGUUGCCACGCCCUACUUUUCCUGCCUUUUUGAGAUUCAAAGAUCCCGUUGAGACGACAACUGACAUUUUGAAAAGCAUCGAUAGUUUGCCGAUAUCGCUGCCGAUAGGUUAUGGUCCGCUCGAGGAAUUUGAUCAAGUGGAGCUGCUUACCAAGUUCAAGAUGCAAACGAAGCAGAACGGUCAUCCUGUCGCAAAAAAUACAUCAGCAAAUGACCAGGUGGUAAAUUCGCAAAGACUGGAAUUUCCAGAUUCAGCUCGCCACAAUGAAAUUCAAAACAUUUGCACGAUGUUGAUGGAAAUGUUUCUUCCUGCGAAGAUGAGACUCUUGCCAUGUGAUUUGACACAGAAAGAGAGAUUCCACAUGGCCAAAAAAGUGUUCAGCGCUGGAAAAUUCGCCAUUCCAGGAAUUCUUCGCGAUGGAGUAAAAACGUUAUUCGAGGAAGGCUGUGGUCUUCACAAACGUCACGGAUUUCCUCCAUUAACCCCCGAACUGUUACUUCAACAACAUGUGAACAUUAUACCAUUCCCGUCAUACUUCAAAAAGCUUUACGAAUUCCUUGUUGAAUUCAAUCUGGGUAACCCAGAAACCAGUAGCUUGACUAAGAGAAACAAAAAUUGCGAAAAUUUUGCUUUGACAAACAACCUUAGCGAUCUUUCUUACAUUUCACGGCAAGUCGAAAUCGCUGUUCGACAUCUACCGGAUUUGCUUACGGAUUUGAACGGCGAGGGACUUGAUCUGUUGAUAAGCUAUUUGAGACCGUUAUUUGCUAACGAAAACACUCAACUGCAAGCGUUUUUACAUCUGUUUGAACCACUGGCGGCGCGUUUGGGACCACAGCGAACAAAAAAGACAUUCCUGAAGCAAUUGCUGAAGCAUUACGAUGUACGAGCGAGCAACGCUUCGGUUUUACUCUUUCAUCAGUCGUUCUUGUCGAAACUAAUCAUGCGAUUUGGCAUGGAUCAGUUUCUUGACCAUUUUCUUUCCUUUAUCGUCGAUGCAUUGAACUCAUCAAACAAAGACCCACAGGUAAAUGUGGAUACCUGCAGUCAAGAAGAGGUACAAGGAGCUGUUCUUGAAGAUGACAAGGACCCCGUUCAGAGUGAUGCAGGGGAAGCACAAAACGAACUUAGUGAGAAAUCCAGUGGUGAAAAUGGUGAAUCUAGUGGUCAAAAUAUUGAACACGCGAACGAAUCUGGUGAUGUAAGCGAUAAAAGUAAAAAUCAGGCGUACAGUAAACCAGGGAUCGCCGCUUCUAGACCGUCAGAAAAAUCGAGUGGGAUUGCAGAAGCUGGUGAUCAAACAUAUGAAAGCCGUAAGGACGCUACUGCGAACUUUGAUGAAAAUACCUGCAUAGAAAAUUCUGGAAAAGAAAAAUGUGACCGCUUGGAUCCAGAGCCGGGUGUUGACACGACUGAUUGUGCUUAUGAUAUUAACUUUUCCCCAAAAUCAGGGAACAUACAAGAAGACUUCUUGAGUGACGAUGAAGAAGAGUAUGGCUACGAAAAUGACGUGGAUGAGGACGAUGACGAAGUUGGAACGAUUGAAAAAAACGAUGCCAUCUUUAACCGGUCGUUUCCGGCCGUAGCACGACGAGACUCCGAUGAUGACUGGGAAAGAAUUGCCGAUUCCGACUUCAGUUUGGAACGGUCCGUCUCGUUUCACUCGGAGCAUUUGGAAGACGACAAGGAGGACGUAGAAAUAAUAGAUAAUGCUAUGGAGCGUGAAAUACCCGAAGCUGCCGCAGAAAGCAUUUGUUGUUUCACACCAAGGCUUGGACCACUGCUGACAUCGAAUCACAUCAUUAAACCGCUUUUAGGUUUGCUGGUGAAAUGUUAUGUUAACGUUGUUGGAUUGGGCGAUAAAGGAAUGCUGAUUGGGGACACUAAUGCUAAGUGGAUAUUGCGUUGUAUAAGGUCUUGUGCCGAAGUUUAUGGCGAGGCUGUUGUUGUUCAUCAGUAUUUGCCUUUUGUUAUGUCUAAGAUCAAUAUCUCGUCAGAGCACGUGAGUGUGAAAGGUGAAGCAAAUCUUGCUGGAGCGCUUGUUCUUGUCAGGGAAUAUAUUACUUGCAUUUCCCAAGAUUCAUUGCUGCAACAGUUUGAGAUGCUCUGUUAUCAAGCUCUGGAUCUGGUCCUUUGUUUAAUAUCGUCUGCGACGAUAACUUUUGCAAGCGAAGCUCCUGCGAGGACCUUCCUCGCCUUGCUCAUCCUCGAUAUUCUUCAAGUUGUAUGCGAAAUCUUUGAGCGACCUUCGGCCCAGGACCUUCUCUCGCCUCUGAUCGCCACAUUGUUUUCCUGUUUCGAAUUUGGUUCCACUCCUACGUCCCCAAACAAAGACAGCUCGCCAGGGCAGCCUUGCGCGGACGAGAUACGCGAAACUUUCAACGCAUCGUUGGCGUAUAACUUGUACAUCACCCUGUGUAAAUGCCUCGGGGACACUUACAUGACGGCGACUUUGGAUAAGAACAACGAGAUGAUAUGGCAGUUGUGCUGUUCGGUAGACAAAGCAUUGUCUAAUCACACGCCGAAGGCAAUGACACCUACGGACACAGAACCUAAACUGAAGCCGUUUGAUUCAGAAAGUAGCUACUUGGCUGAGCCAGAAACUCGAAAGGCCGCGAAGAGUGCUAGCCUCGAACGAAGUGAUGCUUUUCAACAGGAAAAAAGAGCAAAAACGACAUUUGUAUCGUCGAGACAACAUUUGACUGGGAACUGGUUGAAGUAUUGGAAGAGUCAUUUAGGAAAAAGAAAAAAGAUUGAUGGAAACUCGUUUUCACAACUGAAGCUUCAAACUUUCGCUGGACACAGUGAUGUUGUAAAAGAUAUCCAUAUUCAGGACAGUGAACAUCUGUUUCUCUCCGCCAGCCGUGACAAAACUGUCAAACUGUGGCUACUCAAUAACCAUGGCGACGGAACUGGCCAAUCAGCGUGCUCCUGGACAACGUACGAUCAUCGUAAGCCAGUCUUUGCUGUUGAUGUCAUAGACGUUAUGAGACAGGCAGUUUCGUGCGAUGGAUCUGUUCAUUUUUGGGACAUACCAACAGGGUCGUCCGUUCUUAAACUCAAGUUUCAGAAAAGCAAAGAAGCGGUUGCUAUGGCAACCCUGCCAUGUCCCAGUCCUUGCUUGGUCACUGGGAUGCAAAAUUCAACUGUCAGAUUCAUUGAUUCUCGUGAAGGUAACUUUGGACACACGUGGAAAGUAACCAGCAACGGCCUCGCAGGUAAUAUCCGAAGUCUGUGUGUGACGCAAGACGGUACGUCCAUGGCUGUCGGAUUCUCCAGUGGAUCUCUGUCAUUGGUUGAUCUUCGAGGAGGAAUUCUGACCAGGCAAUGGAAAGCACACGAGGCUGAAAUUAUACAGGUUAAACCCUACACGAAUUCAAGUUAUGUUACGUCAUCAUCGACCCAAAAGAUGGAGUUAUGGGGAAACGAUGCUGUUUCGCUGUGUUCACUUCCCACUGUCACCGGCUCAGGGGAGACGAUUCAGAGCAUCCAAAUUCACGACAAGGUGAUCGUUUCGUUGGCUGGAAACAAUCGCAUAGCGUGGCAUACGUUCACUGAUAAAGAGCCAACGUAUACCCACCUUCGCCUUGGUAGUGAUGUUUUUAAGGGGAACAUGACAUGUUUUGGAGUUCUUCCACUAAAUAGAGGUUAUCUCCUGGGCAGUGACAAUGGUAACAUCACGCUGAUGGGAUAGAUCUUACAUCUAUAUAUUGCAUGUUAUGUCAUUGCGAUGUGAUUCGCGUUCCGCGUUUGUUGCUCCCUCGAUUUCAUUUUUCUUUUGAAAAAUUUUCCAACUAAGUUGAGACAGUCGUUUCCCGAUGAUCCAUCAGGAACGAUUUGAUUAUUUUGAUAUUCGUUUUAAAUUCGUAAUUGAAAUUUAUACAGAGUUUGUUCAAAUUUAUCACCAUAAAUCACCAGAAUGAUCUGCGAGGUAAAACGUCUAGUCCAGAAUACACGGAUCUAAUCCUGAAUCUAAUCCUUCGAGUUUAGUAGUUUGAUAAGAGUUAAGGUCAGAUUUAGGAUUAUAUGCAGGAACUUUGCAACAAACAUUUUAAAAUAACCAGCGUUUAUUUCAUGUGAUCUUUUAAAGCAAAUUGAAUCAAAAGUAAAUUAAGACCUCGAUAAAACUCCAUAGGAUUUCAUCGAAUGACAUUUAGUA